UGUGAUUGGCCGGGUUGGUGCGGGACGAUGUGAUUGGCUGGGGCAGUGCGGGCGGUAAUGGCGGGCCUGGAGCUUCUGUGCGGGAUCGGCCUGAGCGAGCAGAAGGCGAAAGAAACCCUGAGGAAUGAGGCGCUGAGCGGCCUCCUUACACAGGCCAUCGAGCAGGCACAAGCGAUUUUGGGGUCCACUCCGGACAAGGCAACAGGCACACUGCUGUAUAAUGCAGCCACUCGGCUCAAAGACCAGAGACACCUGGGCUUCCUGGUCAAGUACAUUGCAAAGAAGGAAUUGAACUCGGACUUGCAGCUCAAUGCUUCCCUAGAUUACAUUAAAAACCAUCAGAUGGAUCCAGUUGACAGUGCAGACUUUGAGAGGGAGUGUGGUAUUGGUGUUGUGGUGACACCGGAACAGAUUGAGGAAGCGGUUGAAGCAGCAGUCAGCAAGCACAGGAACCAGAUCAUGCUGGACCGUUACCGCUUUAACAUGGGGCUGUUAAUGGGUGAAGUGAGAAAUAAACUGAAGUGGGCAGAUGGGAAGAUUAUCAAGAAUGAAGUGGAUCUACAGGUUCUGAAUUUACUGGGUCCAAAGACUGAAGCUGACCUAGAAAAGAAGGCAAAGGCCCCAAAGCAAAAGGCACCAAGAGCGACAACAGAGAACAAAGAUGAAUCAACAUACAAUGGUGAGGCGAAGGUGGAGUCAGCAUCUUUCAUGGAACAGCUGCAUGGAGAGGCAAUGAAGUUUCAUAAGCCUGGUGAAAAUUUUAAGACAGAUGGUUACACAGUCACUGCGAACACCAUGAACCUGUUGCAGAAGCAUCUGGAAAUUACAGGAGGCCAGGUACGAACACGGUUUCCACCAGAACCCAACGGUAUUCUCCACAUCGGCCAUGCAAAGGCCAUCAACUUCAACUUCGACUACGCCAUGGCGAAUGGCGGAAUCUGCUUCCUUCGCUAUGACGAUACAAACCCAGAGAAAGAAGAGGAGAAAUAUUUCCGGGGUAUCAGGGACAUUGUGGAAUGGUUAGGUUACAAGCCGUAUGCCGUGACUCAUGCAUCUGACUAUUUUGACCAGCUGUACGAAUGGGCGGUGGAACUCAUUAAAAGGGAUCAGGCGUAUGCUUGUCACCAGAAAGUGGAUGAAAUCAAAGGACACAACCCACCCCCAUCUCCCUGGAGAGAUCGGCCCAUCGAGGAGUCUCUAGUUCUCUUUGACGAAAUGCGGAAAGGGAUGUUUGCAGAGGGAGAAGUAAUACUUCGUAUGAAACUGAUUAUGGAGGAUGGCAAGAUGGAUCCAGUGGCUUACAGAAUUAAAUACACACCACACCAUCGGACCGGGGAUACCUGGUGUAUCUAUCCCACGUAUGACUACACCCACUGUUUAUGUGACUCCAUUGAACAUAUCACACAUUCGCUCUGUACCAAAGAAUUCCAGGCUCGGCGUUCAUCCUACUACUGGCUGUGUAAUGCUCUGGACCUGUACUGCCCUGUGCAAUGGGAAUAUGGACGGCUGAAUCUGCACUAUACAGUGGUAUCAAAGAGAAAGAUUAUCAAGCUGGUGGAGGCGGGUGUCGUGAGGGACUGGGAUGAUCCCCGUUUGUUUACACUGACUGCCCUUCGCAGGAGAGGGUUCCCUCCAGACGCAAUCAACAGCUUUUGUGCUAAGGUCGGAGUGACAGUUGCCCAGACAACAAUGGAGCCACACCUGCUAGAGUCGUGUGUACGAGAUAUUCUCAAUGAGACAGCAGCACGGGCAAUGGCUGUUCUCGAGCCACUCAAAGUUACCAUAACAAACUUCCCAUCUGACCAGCCAAUUGAAGUCUCUGUUCCAAACUUCCCAGCAAAUGAAAGUAAGGGAUUCCACACAGUACCGAUCACUUCCACCAUCUACAUUGAACAGUCUGAUUUCCGGGAGGUAAUGGAGAAGGGCUACAAACGACUGACCCCUGAGCAAUCCGUUGGACUUCGACAUGCUGGCUUUGUCAUCUCAGUGCAAAAGCUUAUCAAGAAUAAGAAUGGGAAGGUAGUCGAGUUGGAAGUGACUUGUAGGAAAUCCGACACGGCUGAGAAACCAAAGGCUUUUAUUCAUUGGGUGUCGAAUCCUCUAAUCUGCGAACUACGGCUUUAUGAGAGACUCUUCCUCCAUAAAUGUCCUGAGGACUCCAGUGAGGUACCCGGAGGCUUCCUGAGUGAUAUUAACCCAAACUCCCUGAAGGUGAUCGGAGAUGCAAUGCUAGAUGUAUCUGUAAAAAAUGCCAAACCAUUUGACAAGUUUCAGUUUGAGCGUGUUGGCUAUUUCUCAGUGGAUCUGGACAGCACUGACCAGAAGUUGGUGUUUAACAGGACUGUGAUGCUGAAAGAAGAUCCUGGGAAGAUCUGAAAUGCUACAGGUCCACAUGACUCCACGUUCAAGACUCCACCCAGAUGCUUAAAUCUUUUAAUUUACCAAAAGACGCAGCAUUUUCCUGAGCUUCUUGCUGAAAGGAGUAAGGGAGAAACUUGUUCAGAGUUCCUUGCCCAGAAAAUCCAAAAAUCAAAGCCCGUUGGUUAAGUUGAAGCAGUGACAGCUUUUCUGCUUUCAAUAAUAUCUGUACUUUAUAAAACUUGGUAAUCUCCCCACCCCCAUCUUUAUCCUCUCUGAUAUUGAUAAACCCAGCAAGUUUAACUGCAGCUGUGAAUCAAAUUUAAACCCACAGAAAGGCACCAAACUGGAAAAAUGGACCAACUUAAAUUGGUUUUACUCCUAAGUUUUUAAAAGUCUCAGAAAUGUGGAGAAGUAAAAAGGGACAUUGCUGGAAUACACAGUGGAUCAGUCAACUCUGUGUGAGAGAGACACAACUGGUUGUUCUGGGCCAAGUGUUUCGAGUAUUUACUGAUCUUUGGUUGAGCUGAUCUGUGAUCUUGUGAACCUAUUACCUGUUCAGCUCUAACUGAAAUCAGUCCAUAUGUUUGCAGGUUGCAGUGGAAGUGCAGUGACCUAUGAAUCUUCCUGUUGUUAUCUCUGUCCUAUUGAAACUAUGCAGACUGUUGGAGGGGGCAACAUUCAAUCAGGUCAGUGACUGGAGUGGCAGCUACAGAGAUCGGCUGAUGCUGUUUCUGCAGUUACACGUUGUUUGGACACCUCAGGUAUUUGCAGACAAGGCGCUGAUUCACACUUACAUUUCUCUACCAGUGAAGUGUGAGCUGGAGGAGGACUGUGGCCUAGCAGUGCUCCACUUAUCUUUAAACAAAAUAUCUGAUCCUCUUGCAAAAAGAAUGCAAAUAAGCUAAUCAUUAAAGUUCAUUAUUUGAACCACAGUGAAAUGCAAUGCUGGAAAGAUGUCUCAUCCAUUUCAGGCUUGCAAUCCAGGAUUUCACAUCCACAAAUAGGUGGAUUUGUCACAUUUCGGAGUGCAGAUUUACCUUGAUGUUGAAGAUGCAAUAAAUUCAUGUAAACACUGGCCUUGUCACAUUUCACCAACAUGGGUGACAUCCCCCAAAGCAACCACAGACCACGCCUUAAAUAAAACUUAGUUUUGAGAAAGCAGUGAAACUAAAAUCAGUGUUCCCAUAAAACCUGAGUCGUUGGUCACCUUUCCCAUCUCUCUCUCUUCCCCACCCAUUCUCCCCCUCUUUCCCCCCUCCAUCUCCCCUCACCCUUUCUCCCCCCCCUCCAUUUCCCCUCACCCCUUCUCCCCCUCUUUCUCUCUCCCACCCCUUCACCAUCACUGCAACUGUUCAACCACAAGUUAGCAGAGCGACAAGAGGAUUAAUGUUGGGCUUUGUAACAGAUUUGCUGUAAUAAAAAGUAUUUUUUUUCCCGA